AUGGCACUCGACCAGUACACGUACGUCUUCGUCAUUGGCACGUUUUUUGCCAUGCUUGACGCGUACAACAAUGGCGCAAACGAUGUAGCCAACGCGUGGGCGACGAGCGUCUCGUCGAGAUCCAUCUCCUACAGGCAGGCCAUGGUCUUCGGUACCAUCUUCGAGAUGCUCGGCGCCAUCACCGUCGGCGCCCGCACGGCCGAGACGAUCAAGAACGGCAUCAUCCCGAACUCGGCCUUUCGCGGUGACGCCGGCGUCCAGAUGCUCGCCUUCACCUGCGCCCUCGCUGCCGCCUCGAGCUGGGUCAUGUGGUGCACCCGUCACUCGGCUCACGUCUCCUCGACCUACUCCCUCAUCUCGUCCGUCGCCGGCGUCGGCGUCGCCACCGUCGGCGUCUCGCAAGUCCAAUGGGGUUGGAACGGCGGCAAGGGCCUCGGGGCCAUCUUUGCCGGCCUCGGCAUGGCACCCCUCAUCUCCGCCGGCUUCGGCGCCACCGUCUUCAUGCUCAUCAAGGUCACCGUCCACAUGCGCAAGAACCCCGUGCCGUGGGCCGUCUGGACCUCGCCCUUCUUCUUCCUCAUCGCCGGUACCGUCUGCACCCUGUCCAUCGUCUACAAGGGUUCGCCGAACCUCGGCCUCAACAAGAAGCCCAGCUGGUACAUCGCCGCCGUCACCAUGGGCACGGGUGGCGGUCUCGCCCUGCUCUCCGCCCUCUUCUUCGUCCCCUUCGUCCACGCCAAGGUGAUCAAGAGAGACCCGACGGUGAAGUGGUGGAUGUUCCUGCAGGGUCCUCUGCUCUUCAAGCGACCUGCCCCCGACCUGACCACGUCCGAGCGGGUCGUCAUUCCCAACUAUGCCGUCGUCCAGGAGAGCGACGCCGAGGAUGAGCCAUCCUACGCGAGCACGCCCGUGUCCCUCGGCAAGCCGCAGCCUCGCCACGCCGACGCGAAGACGGCGCCUGACCCGAGCGAGUCGCCUUUGCCCCUUCCGGAGCCGUUGGUGCACCGAACCGGCGAGAAGGAUAUCGUCUCGGCCGAAUCGCAGGCCGCCACCUACAAAGAGCUCGUCGCCCGCGGCAGGAGUCACUUCCACGCGAGGCUGAGGGAGAAGCGAGGCCCCCUGGGCUGGGCCAUGCGCACCCUGCACAACAACCCCCCGGGCGCCGGUGAAGCGUACGAGCUGCACAACAUCAAGACGCUCCUCAAGCGCAUCCCCGCCAUGAUCGUCUGCGGUGCUCUCUACGGUCUUCACUACGACAUCCACGCUGCCCAGACGGGAAUCGCCGGCACGCCCGAGGGUGACCGCAUGGAGCGUGUCUACGCCGCCGCCGAAAAGUACCCCAACGAGGUCGAGCACACCUACUCCUUCGUCCAGAUCAUCACCGCAUGCACCGCCUCAUUUGCCCACGGCGCCAACGACAUCGGCAACUCGGUCGGUCCUUGGGCCGUCAUCUACUCCGCGUGGUCCACCGGCAGCGCCGCCGCCUCGAAAUCCCCCGUGCCCAUCUGGCAACUUGUCGUCCUCUCCGCCACCAUCUCCCUCGGCCUCAUCACCUACGGCUACAACAUCAUGAAAGGCAAGCUGUUUUGGACGCGAACGAUCAUGGGCAACAAGAUCACCUACCACUCGCCCAGCCGAGGGAGUUCCAUGGAGAUGGGCGCCGCCAUCACCGUAUUGCUCUUCUCCCAGUUCUCUUUGCCCGUAUCCACCUCCAUGUGCAUUACCGGCGCCACCGUCGGUGUCGGUUUGUGCAACGGUACUCUCAAGGCCGUCAACUUCCAAAGAGUUGCCUUGCUAGUGUUCUCCUGGAUCAUGACGAUUCCCAUCGCCGGCACCAUCGCAGGCGUCUUGAUGGGCCUCAUACUGAACGCGCCGCACUUUUCAUGA